CCAAAUGGAAUCGACCUUGCAACUUCUCGAGUCUUAAAUGGUUCCCGGAAUGAGAGUUAAAUUUUGUUUUAUUUUUAUUUUCAAAACGAAAUUCAUAUCUUUAGUUUCAAUGUGUUUUGUGAGGUUCACUUUCUCUUUCUCACUCUCUGAGUGUGAUGACUCUGCUCCUCACAAAGCUGAUCCCGGACAAACAUAACGUGUCACAAUUUCUGUAAGAACGGAAACAUACAAAAUGGUUCACGAGAAGAAACUAACAAAACCAACCGAAUACCUAACACAGAUGGUUUUCUAUGGGCGGCCAACACAGACACCAAUCUCUUCUUCUGCUUCUUCUCUCUCUUACGUUCCCUAGGACUUGAAAAGAAAUGUAUGGUCACGGGAGUUGAAUAAGAGUAAGAGAAAAAAGGCACCUACACUGCAUAAGACAAAGUUAGAGUGGUGGGUGAGAGAUCCUGAGAGGUGAGUGUAUGGCUUAUGAACGGUGUAGGUGUCAUUGUUUUCACUCUCCUUGGUCUUUCUUGGUAGUUUUGUCUGUCUGUUGGACAUUAGAAUCCUUACAAGGACAUGUGAAAGUGCAACCAUGUGAGUUGGCAUCCCAUCAUUUUCAUUCAUAUAUGUUUAUUGGCUCUGUUGCACAUGAUGGGGAAUCAAAAAGAAAAUUUUGGAAGAAAGGGAAUUUGAGCCUUCAGUUAUUAUUUGGAUAAUGAAUUGAUGCUAUAAAUACUCCUAGCUUACUAUCCUAGCUUACUAUCUGUUCCAUCAUCAUUCGGAAAACCAUAUACAUUCUCUCUGUUUUUAUCUGAAAACAGGCAAUGGCAAAAGAGAUGUCGGUUGGCAUAAACUCUUUUGUGCUACUGCUGCUUUUGAUUUCAGAGAAUCAGGCUACCAUAACUGAAGCUCCAACACCACAGCCUCAACAAAGCAGCAACCAUUCCAUGCAUGGAAUCACUGAAGGUAGCCUUCAACCUCAUGAGUGUUCUCCGAAAUGCACCACAAGAUGUUCAAAGACGCAGUACAGGAAGCCAUGUAUGUUCUUCUGCCAAAAGUGUUGUGCAAAAUGUUUGUGUGUGCCUCCGGGGACCUAUGGGAACAAACAAUUCUGCCCUUGCUAUAACAACUGGAAGACCAAAAGGGGAGGCCCCAAGUGUCCCUAAAAGCCUAGUCUGCCCCAACCACUUUAUAUGUACUCGGCAUGUAGUAUUACACUUCAUGUAUUUAUAACUACUGUUCUUAAGAUUUUGUAUGCCUUGUUAUAUUGCACAUUUCAUCUACUUAAUUAUUUCAUGUAUCACAUUCAAACGUAGUUUCUUAUAAAAUUUAUGGAUGAUAUUGUUAGA